CUCAGAAUCAAAUUAACUUUGUAACCAAGAUGUCGACUGUGACUCUCCACGUGUACGACCUGAGCCACGGCAUGGCGCGGCAACUGUCGCCGGCGCUGCUAGGCAAAACCAUCGACGGUGUGUGGCACACGGGUGUGUUGGUGUUUGGCAAGGAAUACUUCUUUGGUGGGGGAGGCAUUCAAGCCAUGGCGCCGGAAUUGGUGGUGCAGCGUUAUGGCAUGCAGCCCGUGCGUGCCAUCACGCUGGGCGAGACGAGUCGGACGCAGCAGCAGCUGGAGCAGUUCCUACGUGAGAACAGCUCUCGCUUCACGGACGCCACCUACGACCUGCUGCGCCAUAAUUGCAAUAACUUCUCGGACGAGGUGUCCAUCUUCCUCGUGGGGUCAGGCAUUCCGCAGUACAUUCUGGAUCUACCCAAUGAGGCACUCAAUUCGCCAUUUGGAGCAAUGCUGAGACCCAUGCUGGAGAACAUGAACAACCAAAUGCACGCGGCCCCGGGCGAUCAGCUCUUCUCGAUCCCGUUCAACGACCCAUCACGUGCCAAUUUAGCUGUACCUGCUGCCCCCUCGACGCCUGGUACGACUCCAUCAGUGGAUUUAGCGUCGCGUCGAUUUAAGAUCUCUGGGUCUCCUGCGCUUCACUUGGACAAGAUGGUGCAGCGCAUCAAGGAACGUAACACUGAGAAGCUGCUGUCUGAAGACGAGAUAUCGGCGCUUGAUGCGUUGUCGGCUCAAGUCGCCGAGGAUAACAAGGAAGCUGACUCGACCAAAAGUGCCGAAUGGUGGAAGAUUGCCAGCAAAUUGCUGGCUCAAGGACACGAGUCCACGUUCUUCUUCCCGACGUUAGGCUUGACUCGCGUGCUGUUACUGCAACCGUCUAGCACGGAUGCUGUGACAGAGAAGAAUGAGUGCUUCGAGGCUAUUGUGCACGCCACAGAAGUCGAGCCUUCACCACUGACGUCCGCUCAGAAGACUCUGCUACUCUCUGUGCUGUUGAACGCCUUCGCCAACCCCGGAUUCAGCGACAUGGCUCUCUCCGGGUCCACACGUUUCCUGCCUUUCGUGUUUGCUACGAUCGCUGAUACAUCCUCUAGUCAAGAAACUCGAGUAUUGAGUGCUCACAUCAUUAGCAACUGCUGCUUGGCAAUGAAGAUCGGAGAGGAAGUGGUGGUCACCACCAUCGUCUGCGGCGCUGUUGAGACGCUGGAUCGAAUCUCGAGGCUCCAGUCCUCUUCUGCUGUACAACAGCAAACCAUCGAAGGAAUUAUCGUCGGCCUCGGUCGUUUGCUGCACAACUUUGAAGCUGCUCGCAGUCUGUCGGUCGAGCUUGGUCUCGCUGAAGUCAUCCGACGCCUGAACGUGACGCCAGGCCUCAACGCCAUCCAGCCACUGCUCACAGAGGUCGUGCAAUUGAUUUAGAUAACAUGCAUUGCUCUUGGAUUGAAGUACAUAUAACCCACUUUGCAAUUAAGAACUAACUUGUAACCGAGCUGCUAACUUACAUGGGACAAAAAAAAUGUGGCUCGUAGAUAGAUAGCACUGUGCUACUGUAUAUGCCAAUCCUAAUCAAUCCUCACUCACUUUCGUAUCCA